GUGUAUAUGGAAAUAGUGGGGUGCCGAGCAGAAGACAACGUGUGUCCCUUCCGCCCCCCAGCCAUGCUCUUCCACGGGAUCUCCGGAGGCCACAUCCAAGGCAUCAUGGAGGAGAUGGAGCGCAGAUCCAAGACCGAGGCCCGCCUGGCCAAAGGCGCGCAGCUCAACGGCCGCGACGCGGGCAUGCCCCCGCUGAGCCCGGAGAAGCCCGCCCUGUGCGCAGGCUGCGGGGGCAAGAUCUCCGACAGGUACUACCUGCUGGCAGUGGACAAGCAGUGGCACCUGAGGUGCCUGAAGUGCUGUGAAUGUAAACUGGCCCUCGAAUCUGAGCUCACCUGCUUCGCCAAGGACGGCAGCAUUUACUGCAAGGAGGAUUACUACAGAAGGUUCUCUGUGCAGAGAUGUGCCCGCUGCCACCUCGGCAUUUCCGCCUCCGAGAUGGUCAUGCGCGCCCGCGACUCCGUCUACCACCUGGGCUGCUUCACCUGCUCCACCUGCAACAAGACCCUGACCACGGGCGACCACUUCGGCAUGAAGGACAGCCUGGUGUACUGCCGCGCCCACUUCGAGACCCUCCUGCAAGGGGAGUACCCAGCGCCGCUGAGCUACACCGAGCUGGCGGCCAAGGGCGGCGGCCUGGCCUUGCCUUACUUCAACGGCUCGGGCACCGUGCAGAAGGGGCGGCCCCGGAAGCGGAAGAGCCCGGCGCUGGGAGUGGACAUCGUCAGUUACAACUCAGGUUGUAACGAGAACGAGGCCGACCACCUGGACCGAGACCAGCCGCCCUACCCGCCCUCCCAGAAGACCAAACGCAUGCGCACCUCCUUCAAGCACCACCAGCUCCGGACCAUGAAGUCCUACUUCGCCAUCAACCACAACCCGGACGCCAAGGACCUCAAGCAGCUUGCUCAGAAGACCGGCCUCACCAAAAGGGUCUUGCAGGGAGAACAAAUCUUGGGGCAUUACAGCCAAACAUCCCGGCGUUUGAAAAUUCCCUAAAGUAUUAAAAGAAGGGGAAAGUUUGAUCGGAAAUCCACAGCAGUGAAGACAAAGACAAUAUUAGGUUAUCAGAAUCACACAUGCUAAAAUCUAUUGAGCCAAAACAAAAAAACAAAAACAAAAACAAAAAAGCAAGUGAGAGGAAAGACUUAAAUGUCAUUUACUGAAUGUUAACAGCAGUUCUUUAUGGUUUCUAACACAAAUGGAGGCUUAAGCUGAUGUGGUUUAAAACAAGAUGAGGUGAACUGUGUGUAAACAGAGCAACCUGGCAGUAACACGCACACCCCGUAGCUGAAGCAAAUUAUUAUCGGAAAAAAAAUCCGCACAUUUGUCAAGCAUACUGGUUGUAUAUUCCCCAACCUGCAUUUCGCCUGCUUGCCAAUGUGUAUUAGUCCUACCCGCUCAUGGCGUUCUCCAGUUGUAAAUUCAGAGAAAAGCCACCACUCACCUGAGAGGGCAGGGAUUGGAGCCCAGUCAUUUUAGUUUUAUUGUUGAUUCCUUCCCUUUUUCAACAGAAAUCUCUGCAUGCACUCUCCACCUGUUGCUCCCAGUGUGCGUCUCUGUAUGACGGAUUCUCUUUGCUGUUUCUUGUAUGAUAAAUAGCUUUCAUGAAUAAACAUUUUACUUGAUGCAAACAUAGUUAACUUUAUGUUAAAUACACACGGUGGAAAUGAAUUUUGAACACUGUCUGAAGAGGCAGCACAAUGCAUUUCUAAUCUGUACUUAGGAGAAAGUCAAACGAUAAUAUGAGGUUCAACUCUGGUCGUCCAGGAUAAAAGGACUUACUUCGGUUUUAACUUUUCAUGACUUCUUAUUGUAUCAAUUGACAUGUAUUUAAAAAAGAACAAAAAAACCCCUAAAUUGCAACAAAAAUAAACCUUAGAAUAAACU